AUGAACUCUGAUCACAUACCUCUAUUAGAUUGGUCCACCAGGUUGCGGAUUGCUGUCGAUGUGGCACAAGGAUUAUUCUACAUGCACCACGGUUGCUCCCCGCCUAUAGUGCACCGAGAUGUGAAGUCGAGUAACAUAUUAUUAGACUCCGAAUUUAGAGCCAAGGUCGCUGAUUUCGGUCUGGCUAGAAUGCUUGUCAAGCUUGGAGAGGCCAACACGGUGUCGGCUGUGGCGGGAACAUUCGGUUACAUGGCUCCCGAAUACGCAUACUCGAGAAAAAUAAAUGAAAAGAUGGAUGUGUACAAUUUUGGAGUGAUUCUUUUGGAACUAACCACCGGAAAAAAAGCAAACAACGGUGGAGAAUACGGUAAUCUAGCAGAGUGGGCUUGGCACUGCUUACAGGAGGCUGAUAAGGUAAUCGAUGCUCUAGAUCAGAGCAUCAAGGAUCCGACAAAUGUAAAAGAGAUCGCAAUGGUCUUUAAAUUAGGAGUCAUGUGCACCAAUACAUUGCCUUCAUCAAGACCUACAAUGAAGGAUGUACUCCAAAUUUUAUUACGAUGUCAACGAGCUGCCACAAAUGAAACUAUGAUGUGA